GCAAAAGCAGCAAAACGCACCAGGACUAGGAGGAGACUUCCCGCAGGAAAAAAAAAAGGAUAGAAAGAAAGAAAGAAAAUUAAUCAAUAAAAUAAAACGUGGGAGAAAUCCAUUAAAAUGACAGCGGAGUGAGGAUAAUAAGAGCCGUUAUUGCUUCAAAGGAAGGUCAUUCCCGAAAAACAUAUAAGCGGUGCGCAGACUAUACGGAUAUUUGGAGUACAGAGAGUCGACUGCGAGUGAAGACCCCGAAACAGUGAAACAUUGUCCCGGCUUUUUAUUUCCAGAAAGGCAUGGGGGGAUUUAGAUCUCGACAAGGCAGCACUGGUUAGAAGAUCUCACGAGCGGAGGGAGGACAGUGAAUAAGGACCUCGCCACAGACAGGAACUGCGCAACUUUGACUGUCUCAUCUGUAAGCUGGUGGGCUCCAGUAUCCCAGCUGAUGACUGUCCCUCAGGUGGCUGGACUACAGGGCUGAGUGGGAAGCCUGUGCAUUUGCUGAGGGCGGUGCCCUGGCUUGUAUGUUGGUCACUUGCACUUGUACUCGCUCACAAGGACCAUGUGGUUUUCUCCCGGGAGAAAUCGUUUCCCCUCGCAGAACUGGCACGGUGCCUAUAAUUGCACCAAUUUCAACGUGUCCUUGUGGGUGUUAAGUUUUUGUUGGUGCUUUGCGGCUGUGAGCGGUCAGAACUACCACCCCACUGUGAACACACAGUAUGGGAAACUCAGAGGGGUGAGGGUCCCCCUGCCUAGCGAGAUUCUCGGGCCGGUCGACCAGUAUCUGGGGGUUCCGUACGCUGCCUCCCCCGUGGGAGAAAAACGCUUCAUGCCCCCGGAGCCUCCAUCUUCCUGGUCAGGAAUCAAGAACGCCACCCAUUUUGCUCCUGUCUGCCCUCAAAAUAUACACAAUGCCGUGCCAGAGAUAAUGAUGCCGAUAUGGUUCACUUUCAACCUGGAUAUAGUUACCACAUACAUACAAGAUCAACAUGAGGAUUGUCUUUACCUAAACAUCUAUGUUCCAACAGAGGAUGUCAAAAGAAUAUCCAAGGAAUGUGCCAGGAAACCCAACAAGAAAAUGUGUAGAAAAGGAGGGGCCCAUGCAAAAAAACAGGGCGAGGAUUUAUCGGAUAACGACGGUGAUGAAGAUGAAGACAUACGAGACACUGGGGCCAAGCCCGUGAUGGUCUACAUCCAUGGAGGGUCCUACAUGGAGGGGACAGGCAACAUGAUCGAUGGGAGCGUGCUGGCCAGCUACGGAAAUGUCAUCGUUAUCACUCUCAACUACCGCGUUGGAGUCCUCGGCUUCCUCAGCACAGGUGACCAGGCAGCUAAAGGGAACUAUGGGCUCUUGGACCAAAUCCAGGCUUUGAGAUGGAUCAGUGAGAACAUCGGCUUCUUCGGAGGAGAUUCCAAUCGCAUCACAGUGUUUGGUUCUGGGAUUGGAGCUUCUUGUGUCAGCCUGCUCACGCUCUCCCAUCACUCUGAAGGUCUGUUCCACAGAGCCAUCAUUCAGAGCGGGUCAGCCCUCUCCAGCUGGGCAGUGAACUAUCAGCCGGUCAAGUAUACGCGUCUCCUGGCAGAGAAGGUGGGCUGUAAUGUGCUGGACACAUCAGACAUGGUGGACUGUCUGAGGAAGAAGAGCUCCAGGGAGCUGGUGGAGCAGGACAUACAGCCUGCAAGGUACCACGUGGCCUUUGGACCUGUAAUUGAUGGUGAUGUUAUUCCCGACGACCCUGAGAUCCUAAUGGAGCAAGGAGAGUUUCUCAACUAUGAUAUCAUGCUGGGGGUCAACCAGGGUGAAGGGCUUCGGUUUGUGGAGAACGUGGUAGAUUCAGAGGACGGCGUAUCUGGAAAUGACUUUGAUUUUUCUGUGUCCGAUUUUGUGGACAGUCUUUACGGGUACCCGGAAGGCAAGGACACACUUAGGGAAACCAUUAAGUUCAUGUACACAGACUGGGCAGACAGGGACAAUCCCGAGACCAGACGAAAAACGCUGGUGGCUUUAUUUACCGACCACCAGUGGGUCGAGCCGUCGGUGGUUACGGCUGAUCUCCACGCUCGCUAUGGCUCGCCCACCUACUUCUACGCCUUCUACCAUCACUGCCAGAGCUUGAUGAAGCCCGCCUGGUCUGAUGCCGCCCAUGGCGAUGAGGUGCCCUAUGUUUUUGGAAUUCCUAUGAUUGGUCCCACUGACCUUUUCCCCUGUAACUUCUCCAAGAACGAUGUCAUGCUGAGUGCUGUGGUCAUGACCUACUGGACCAACUUUGCCAAGACUGGGGAUCCCAACAAACCAGUUCCCCAAGAUACCAAGUUCAUCCACACCAAGGCCAAUCGCUUCGAAGAGGUGGCCUGGUCCAAAUACAACCCCCAGGAUCAGCUUUACCUUCAUAUUGGCCUGAAGCCACGUGUGCGCGACCACUACCGUGCCACCAAAGUGGCCUUCUGGAAACACCUAGUGCCCCAUUUGUACAACCUCCAUGAUAUGUUCCACUACACCUCCACCACCACCAAAGUGCCGCCCCCAGAGACCACGCAGAACACACUGUCCACCAAAAGGCCCAAUGGGAAAAACUGGCCAUUCAACACCAAGAGGCCACCUAUGUCCCCGGCCUACAACAGUGAGGAGAAAGACUCCUGGGGCGAUGAUGAGGAGACAGGGCCACUGGUUGUAGAGAACCCACGGGAUUAUUCUACAGAGCUCAGUGUCACUAUCGCUGUUGGGGCCUCGCUGCUGUUCCUCAACGUCCUGGCCUUCGCAGCCCUCUACUACCGCAAGGACAAGCGGCGGCAGGACUCUGGCCACGGGCAGCCCAGCCCGCAGCGGCAGACCACCUCCAACGACAUUGGCCACCACGCGCCGGAGGAGGAGAUCAUGUCGUUGCAGAUGAACCAGACGCACCAUGAGUGUGAGGCUGGGAACAGCAAUGAGGGGGCACUGCGCCUGGCCUCGCUGCCCGACUACACGCUCACACUCCGGCGCUCUCCGGACGACAUCCCCCUGAUGACCCCGAACACCAUCACCAUGAUCCCCAAUUCCUUGGUAGGCAUGCCCAACCUGCACCCCUACAACACCUUCACAACUGGCUUCAACUCCACCGGCCUGCCUCACUCUCACUCAACCACCCGCGUAUAGCUUUAAGGAGGCCAGGGGCAGCCGGCGAAAAACGGGGAGGGGAGGAAGAGGCGGCGGUGCAGGGGUGGAAGAGGAGGAGCGGUCCGGAUGAACGAAUGGAGGAGAGGAUUGUG